AUGGCGUCUAUGGCUUCUCGUAUCCCGGACCUCCGUGGUAUGGCCAUUGACGAUGGUCGUUACAAGCUCACGCAGCUCCUCGGCGCUGGCGCCAGUGGAGCUGUGUAUCGCGCGACUGACUUUCUAGCCGAGACAGCGGACGCUGCCCAGCGGGCGAUCAAGGUCCUCCCGAAGACGAAUGCUUCGAAGGACGUCAUUAUUCGCCAGCACCGGGAGGCGUUCCUCCACCAGCGCGUUUCGGACCAUCCGAACGUUCUCUCUCUUCACGAUGCAUUUGAGGACGAGGACUUCAUCUUCCUUGUGAUGGACUAUUGCCCUGGUGGCGAUCUGUUCCACUUCAUCUGCGAGGAGAACGCGUAUUUCCUAAACGACGAGCUGGUGCGGUCGGUCUUCGUGCAAAUUCUGGACGCAGUGCACGCGUGCCACGCCCAGGGGGUGUACCACCGUGAUCUGAAGCCAGAAAACAUUCUCUGCAGUGCGGACGGUAGCGAGAUAUACAUUGCCGAUUUCGGUCUGGCUACCGAUGCGGAAGAGAGCUACACGUUCGGCUGUGGAAGCCUGCAGUACAUGAGUCCGGAGUGCAACGGCCAGGACUAUGACUGCAAUAUACCUUAUGUACCCAAGGACUGCGACAUUUGGGCUUUGGGCAUCAUCCUGGUCAACAUGCUCAUCAACUGUCAGCCUUGGGAGAGUCCUACGCAGAGCGACCAAUACUUUGCGGAUUUCUUACUCCACCGCGACGACUACUUCGACCGCAUGCCGUUCCUCUCCAAGACGGCUUCCGCGCUGCUGAGCUGCAUGUUCGAGCUGAACCCAAAAUAUCGUAUGAACAUCCCUGAGCUGCGCAAAACCAUCCUGGGCAUCGAAACAUUCUUCGCUGUCGAUGAUCAGUUGCCUACGGCCAAUGCGAUGCUUCAGCGGCUGGACGGUGUCCUCGACUCGCUCCUACAUGAGGACGACGAGGAAUGCUACGGGAGCUUGCCGGAGGAUAUGGCGGAGGAAGUGUUGGAGGAGGAAGUCACGGUCGAGGAAGUCAUAGUCCACGAGGCCGUCGUGAUCGAGGAGAUCGUCACAGUCGAGGAGGUGGAUUUGAGCCAACUGCACCCCGACAAUUACUAUAAGAUGCAGGAGAUGGGCAGCUCGGUGUCUGCGUUCGUGGCCGCUUACGGCGACGACUGCGAAUCGGCAACCACUUCCACCACAUGCAGCGAUAGCUCAGGACCACCCACACCCGGCACCUACGCGCACGAUCCGCAGAUCGAAAUCCCCGACAUCAUGGAGGGAGAAGGGCUGGGACAAAUCCGAGUACGCUUGCCAUCACCCGCCCGCCCCUCCAAAAAGUUGGAAGAGCGUCCAUCCCCGGCUCUAAAUAUUCUCGAGCAUCUGGGGAUGGCUGCUCCCGUAUAA